UUGAAGAUAUAUAAUAAAGAUGGCAGCAACCAAAAGCUUGUUCAUUAUUUCUUUUCUUUUCCUUUCAAGUGCAUUUCUUGCAAGAUCUGCAGAAGUUGAUGAUGAGAGUGAGUUUAGUUACGAUGAAAAAAACGAGAAUGGACCAGCUAACUGGGGCAAGAUUUAUCCAGAAUGGAACACCUGCAAUACUGGAAAAUUGCAGUCUCCAAUUGAUCUUCUUAACAAAAGGGUUGAAGUAGUAUCAAACUUGGGAAAACUUCGUAAGCAUUACAAACCAUCCAAUGCCACUCUCUUGAACAGAGGCCACGAUAUGAUGUUGAGAUGGGAAGGUGGUGCAGGUCACUUGAAGAUAAAUGGAACAAAAUAUCAACUCAAACAAUGUCAUUGGCACACACCUUCUGAACACACUAUCAAUGGAAAAAGGUUUAAUUUGGAGGCUCAUUUAGUACAUGAAAGCGAUGAUGGAAAGACUGCUGUAAUUGGAAUCAUGUACAAGAUUGGACGGCCUGAUUUCUUCUUAUCUAUGAUAGAGAAGGAUUUGAAAGCUCUUGCCAAUACAAAAGGUAUAGAGAGGGCCAUUGGAACUAUUGAUCCAAAUCUAAUAAAAAUGGAUGGAAAAAAAUAUUACAGGUAUAUUGGCUCUCUAACAGUACCGCCUUGCACUGAAGAUGUUGUCUGGACUAUUGAUAGAAAGGUGAAAACUAUAACGAAAAGACAAAUGAAACUGAUCCGAGAAGCUGUUCAUGACGAAUCUAAAACCAAUGCCAGACCAGCCCAGCCAGUAAACAAACGUCCUAUCAAAUUCUACAAACCAGAAGAAAGGCCCUGAAAAAGAAGUGAAAUUAUUCUGUAGCCAUAGUUCAAAAAGAGACCAUACGCUCUCUCUAAAUUUAGCUGUUGACGUCGUUAUUA